AGUGAGCGGAGCUUCCACCUUCGCAGAAACGCGUGGAACGCUCAAACUUCUCAAAGUCAUUGCUGCUCUACCUUCGAAACAUCUUUUCGAGAGUGAAAUUCUUAAACGUGCAGACGAAAAAUGGAGUUUGGAGAAACGGUGCAGUGACAUUACUACUUCGCCUGAAAACACACACGGUUUCACUCGGUGCACUUGAAAUGGAGUUACUUUUACCUUGAAUAUAUUUUUUCACGAUUGCUUUGAAAGUCGGCUGACUUUCCACUCUCAUUCGUCACUAAUUCCCCUGCGAUCCAAAAUAAUUAGCCAGUGUUUCCCGAGUGCUUCUUGCGCCACGUCUCAGCAUUCAGAUCCGCGAAUUCAAUAGGAAAAGGAUGGCCGAAGGCAAAGAUCUCAUCUCCUGCAGGACGGUGCUCUGGUACAUGGUAUUUUCAGGGUGUGCGAUGAAUUACAUGUUCAAGAUAAACUUGAAUCUCGUGCUGGUGGCGAUCGUGUUACCCAAAAAAACGAGAGCCUCCGUGGCGCAGUGUGCGGUUUCGAACGUUUCGAAAAUUUUGUCUAAUGUUACGAGCGUCCCGAGCGUUGUUGCGUCGCCGUCAGCGACGCCGGAGGAGCUUGAGCACGAAGGUCGAUUCGAAUGGAACGAAUACGAGCAGGGUUUGAUAAUCGGAGCAUUUUAUUGGCUGUACUGGGCCUCGCAAGUUCCCGGAGGAGUUUUGGGGCGACGAUACGGUGCGAAGAAGAUUUUCGGCGGCGGUAAUUUGCUGUCCGCGAUCAUCUGCUUGCUGCUCCCAUUCGCGAUGAAGUUUCACAUCGUCGCUUUGCUACUUUGUCGAUGUUUCCAAGGCUUGAUAAUGGGGGUCAUGUACCCGUCGAUUCAUGGUUUGCCAGUCUCCUGGGUACCGCCCAACGAGAGAAGCAGAUUUCUCACAGCUUGCUUGGGUGGAUCCGUCGGAACCGCGGUCACUUAUCCGCUGUGUGCUACGAUCAUUCAUUACUUCAAUUGGGAGGCCGCGUUUUACGUUUCCUCGUCGCUCGGAAUCGUUUGGUUCUUACUCUGGUCGUACCUCGUUUACGACACGCCCCACCAACACCCGAGAAUAUCGCUCGAAGAGCUCGAGUACAUUUCUAAAAACACGCCGCCACCGAUCGUCGAGAAAAAAAAGCGACCAGUGCCCUGGUGCUCCAUUCUCACUUCUGGGCCACUUUGGGUUACCAUUUCCGCACAAUGGGGCAUCGCCUGGGGCUUUUUUACGCUCCUCGCUCAAGCACCAUCGUACUUCAAUUACAUACAUGGCUGGAGUCUCCACAUGACCGGCAUCCUCUCCGGGCUUCCGCAUUUGGCCCUCAUGGCGUUCGCCCUUCUGAUAGCAACAUUGGGUGACUAUCUUCUGAGGUCAAAAGCAAUGUCACUGAGCGCAGUAAGAAAAUUGGCAACGAUUUUGGCGACCGGUGGCCAAGGUCUGAUGUUGAUUGGCCUCAGUUUCAGCGGCUGCAGGCCCAAUCUCGCAGUGACAUUUAUGAUAUUAGGCACAGCGAUGAACGGAGCGAUGUCAACGGGCACGAUAUCGAACGUGGUUGAUCUCAGUCCGAAUUACGCGGGGGUUCUCCUCGGUAUAAUGAAUCUCGUGUGUAUGGCGACUGCAUUUUUGUCGCCGAUGAUCGUCGGCCUCUUGACCAACAACAACCAAACGACCCAACAAUGGCAAUGGGUCUUUCUGAUAGCCGCUGCAAAUCUAAUGGCGGGUUGCAUCGUGUACAUUUUGUUUGGGACUUCAGAGGAGCAGCCGUGGAACGAUGAGGCCUUUGAGAGCCCGGAAAUUGGCGAAGAAUUAGAGAAAUUGAAGCCCGGCGAUGGGAGCGGCACAGGGCGAGGGGAGAAGGACGGAGAGCGUCGAGCAAAAAGUAUCGUGACAAAAGAGUGACGUAUAGAAGAACGUUAUUUCAAUUAGGAAAGUGCAUUUAUGCCUGUUAAGGAGGGUGGAUCAAGAAAUCAAAAUAAUCAGAAUUUUAUCAAAUUUGGUGAUAACGUUCUUUGGCAUCAAGUAUACAAAUGCAAUUUUUUUCAAAUUUUUUUACCACAUGGUUAUCGAAUAAUUGAGCGUUCAGGUGACUCCUGUACCGCAUUCUAGUCAAAUGAGUGCUAAAUUUUCAAAACGCUUUUAGACCAAAUUCAACCUACCGAUUAAACUUACUGCUAGUACACGGAGAAAACGGAUUUGUUUUGUAUAG